GCGCGCGACCGCGACCGCGUCCGGGGUUGAAGCGCACGCACGCGCACGCGUCAGCGCGACGCACGCAGCGCUCGGAGGAUACGCCGCGGGAGCGCGAGAGUUUGCCCCGCGAUACGCGCGCACGGCGUCGCGAGCGCGGGAAGUGGUCGCGUUAGAAUUCUCACACCAUGGCGGACAAGGCGGCGGCGGACAUCAAGGCGCUGAACCUUCGCGACCGGAGCGAGGACAGCGAGCGAAGAGACGAGGCGUACGAAGCGCUGCGCAUCGAGGGCGACCCGAACGAGGCGGGGCACGUCGUGACGACCGGCCGCCCGGGCGCGUCGGACGGCCGGACGAUCUCGUACGAGACGAAGCGCGUCGUCGGUAACGGCUCCUUUGGAGUCGUUUUCCAAGCCGCGUGCGUCGAGACGGGAGAAUGCGUCGCCAUCAAAAAAGUCCUACAAGACAAGCGGUUUAAAAACCGCGAGCUGCAGAUCAUGAAAGUCUUGGACCACCCCAACGUCGUCGCGCUGAAGCACUGCUACUACAGCACGAACGAGAAGGAGGAGGUGUACCUGAACCUCGUGUUGGAGUACGUACCGGACACGGUGUACAGGCUGUCCAAGCAGUACAUAAAGGCGGCGCAGCGCAUGCCCGGGUUGUACGUGAAGUUGUACACGUAUCAGAUGGCUCGAGCGCUGGCGAACAUUCACAGCGGCGGCGUGUGUCACCGAGACAUCAAGCCGCAGAACUUGCUCGUGGACGGCGAGACGCACGUGUUGAAGCUGUGCGAUUUCGGCAGCGCGAAGAUUCUCGUCCGCACGGAGCCCAACAUCUCCUACAUUUGUUCGCGGUAUUACCGCGCCCCCGAGCUCAUCUUCGGCGCGACGGAUUACACCACCGCGAUCGACAUCUGGUCCUUGGGGUGCGUCAUGGCGGAGCUCCUCCUCGGGACGCCUCUCUUCCCCGGUGAGAGCGGCGUGGACCAGCUCGUGGAGAUCAUCAAGGUGUUGGGAACGCCGACGCGCGAGGAGAUUCACGCGAUGAAUCCCAACUACACCGAGUUUAAGUUUCCGCAGAUCAAAGCGCACCCGUGGAGCAAGGUGUUCCACAAGAGGCUGCCCCCGGAAGCCCUGGACCUCAUCUCUCACCUGCUCGCGUACGCCCCGGAGACGCGUUACACCGGGCUGGAGGCGUGCUGCCACGCGUAUUUCGACGAGCUGAGGGACCCGGCGACGAGGCUGCCCAACGGCGGACCUCUCCCUCCGCUGUUCGACUUCUCCGCCGAGGAGCUCGCGACGUGCACGCCGGAGAUGGUGAGGAAGCUAUUGCCGCCGCACGUGGCGGGCGGGGUUGGCGGCGGCGGCGUGGGAGGGGGAGGUGGUGGCGGUGGAGGGAAAGAUUGAUUUGUUUCGAUCGACGGAGGAGGAGGAGGAAGAGAUUCAAAACUUAUAACAAACGCUUCACCGGCUUGACUAGGCGACCUACUAGAAUGGGAUUGGGAUUGGGAUCGAGAGGGGGAUCGAUGACGCGCGCCGCGGCGGCGUUUUUAUAAUAGUAUCCCCACGCUAUCAUCACCGCCGACAACGCGUCGUGUCGCUGUUUAGGGCCAUUACAUUCAAAAAUAGUUCAUCGGUCAGUUGAAAGGAGACGCGAUCAAAUGUUG